CUCCAUGCGCUGAGCUGUCUUGAUUACAUACGCUGCCCAACCCACAUGGACACACAUUGACAAGCUAUUUGUCAUGAAUAGAAUGGUCCAACUGAAUUUAAAUACAAAAGAACCAAUACAGAGUAAGCAGUAUCUCACUCCUCUGGAACGUGGUCAAGCAUGGAUUCUUAAAUCUGGAAAAUAGUUUUAGAGGAUCUCUAGUGAUGAAUUCACUGACUUAACAGAAAAGUAAGCUGAGUAAAGAUGACAGCAAUCAAGCAUGCAUUACAAAGAGACAUUUUUACACCAAAUGAUGAACGCUUGCUGAGUAUUGUCAAUGUCUGCAAAGCAGGAAAAAAGAAAAAGAAUUGUUUUUUGUGUGCCACAGUAACAACUGAACGCCCCGUGCAGGUGAAGGUGGUCAAAGUCAAGAAAUCUGAUAAAGGAGAUUUCUACAAAAGGCAAAUUGCUUGGGCCCUUCGAGACCUUGCUGUGGUAGAUGCCAAGGAUGCCAUUAAAGAAAAUCCUGAAUUUGAUUUACAUUUUGAAAAAAUAUAUAAAUGGGUGGCCAGCAGCACUGCUGAAAAGAAUGCAUUUAUUUCAUGCAUUUGGAAGUUGAAUCAGCGCUAUCUCCGAAAGAAAAUUGAUUUUGUCAAUGUUAGUUCACAGCUUUUGGAAGAAUCUGUUCCAAGUGGAGAAAAUCAGAGUGUGACAGGAGGUGAUGAAGAAGCAGUAGAUGAAUACCAAGAAUUAAAUGCAAGAGAAGAGCAGGAUAUUGAAAUAAUGAUGGAAGGCUGUGAAUGUGCAAUCUCUAAUGCUGAGGCCUUUGCAGAAAAGUUAUCCAGAGAGCUACAGGUGCUAGAUGGGGCCAACAUCCAGUCAAUCAUGGCCUCUGAAAAACAAGUGAAUAUCCUUAUGAAGUUGCUGGACGAGGCUUUAAAAGAGGUGGAUCAGAUUGAAUUGAAACUGAGCAGUUAUGAGGAAAUGCUCCAAAGUGUGAAAGAACAAAUGGAUCAGAUCUCUGAAAGCAACCACCUAAUUCAUCUUAGUAACACUAAUAAUGUAAAGCUCCUAUCUGAGAUAGAGUUCCUUGUGAACCACAUGGACUUGGCCAAAGGUCAUAUAAAGGCCCUUCAGGAAGGAGAUCUUGCUUCUUCCAGAGGCAUCGAGGCCUGCACCAAUGCCGCCGAUGCCCUUCUGCAGUGCAUGAAUGUAGCUCUCCGACCAGGCCACGACAUGCUCCUGGCGGUCAGGCAGCAGCAGCAGCGUUUCAGCGAUUUGCGAGAGCAUUUUGCCCGGAGACUGGCCAGUCAUCUCAACAAUGUUUUUGUUCAACAGGGUCAUGAUCAGAGUUCAACUCUUGCUCAACACUCUGUUGAAUUGACAUUACCCAAUCAUCAUCCAUUUCAUAGAGACUUGCUCCGAUAUGCCAAGCUGAUGGAGUGGCUAAAGAGUACAGAUUAUGGAAAAUAUGAGGGACUAACAAAGAAUUACAUGGAUUAUUUAUCACGACUGUAUGAGAGAGAAAUUAAAGAUUUCUUUGAAGUUGCUAAGAUCAAGAUGACUGGCACAACUAAAGAAAGCAAGAAGUUCGCUACACUUCCUCGAAAAGAAAGUGCUGUCAAACAGGAAACAGAGAGUCUUCAUGGAAGUUCUGGGAAAUUAACUGGAUCUACUUCUAGUCUAAAUAAACUCAGUGUUCAGAGUUCAGGGAAUCGCAGAUCUCAGUCAUCUUCCUUGUUGGAUAUGGGAAACAUGUCUGCCUCUGAUCUCGAUGUUGCCGACAGAACCAAAUUUGAUAAGAUCUUUGAACAGGUACUAAGUGAACUGGAGCCCUUGUGUCUAGCAGAACAGGACUUCAUAAGUAAAUUUUUCAAACUACAGCAACAUCAAAGUAUGCCUGGAACUAUGACUGAAACAGAUGACCUAGACGGAGGAACGUUAUCACGGCAACCUAAUUCUGGCGCACCACUGCCUGUUUCAUCUGAGAAAGAUAUGAUUCGUCAAAUGAUGACCAAAAUAUUUCGCUGCAUUGAGCCAGAACUGAACAACCUAAUUGCAUUAGGAGACAAAAUUGAUAGCUUUAACUCCCUUUACAUGCUAGUCAAAAUGAGUCAUCAUGUGUGGACUGCACAAAAUGUGGACCCUGCUUCUUUUUUGAGUACUACUUUGGGAAAUGUAUUGGUGACUGUCAAAAGGAACUUUGACAAAUGCAUUAGUAACCAAAUAAGGCAAAUGGAAGAAGUAAAGAUCUCAAAGAAGAGUAAAGUGGGAAUUCUUCCAUUUGUUGCUGAAUUUGAAGAAUUUGCUGGCCUUGCAGAAUCAAUCUUUAAAAAUGGUGGAGAUCUAGAUAAAGCAUAUACUAAACUUAUCAGAGGAGUAUUCGUUAAUGUGGAGAAAGUAGCAAACGAAAGCCAGAAGACGCCUAGGGAUGUAGUCAUGAUGGAAAACUUUCACCAUAUUUUUGCAACACUUUCUCGUUUGAAAAUCUCGUGUCUAGAAGCUGAAAAAAAAGAAGCCAAACAAAAAUACACAGAUCACCUUCAGUCUUACGUCAUUUACUCUUUAGGACAACCUCUUGAAAAACUAAAUCAUUUCUUCGAAGGUGUUGAAGCUCGUGUAGCACAGGGUAUAAGAGAGGAGGAAGUGAGCUAUCAACUUGCAUUUAACAAACAAGAACUUCGUAAAGUUAUUAAAGAGUAUCCUGGAAAGGAAGUGAAAAAAGGUCUAGAUAACCUCUACAAGAAGGUUGAUAAACAUUUAUGUGAAGAGGAGAACUUACUUCAGGUGGUGUGGCACUCCAUGCAAGAUGAAUUUAUACGCCAGUACAAGCACUUUGAAGGUCUGAUAGCUCGCUGUUAUCCUGGAUCUGGUGUUACAAUGGAAUUCACUAUUCAAGACAUUCUAGAUUAUUGCUCCAGCAUUGCACAGUCCCACUAAACCUUAUGAAAGAAAAGAUAAAUGAAAAAAGCACUCUGAGUAUACCAGACACUAUUCAAAAAUAUCAGCAAUUGUUUUGAGAACCCAGAUUUGAAAUUUUAUGUAGUAUUAAAUGUCAGAUAAAUGGAUAAUACCAUACUACAGAUAUUCAAGAACAAAAGUACCAACUUAUGGAGCAGUUUUAUUUGACCAAUAGGUUGUAUACUAACUUAAAGUAUUUUUCUCAUCAUAAAAUGCCUUUAGCAUUUUUCUGUGACUGAAUAGAAAAUUUUCCUUUAUUGCCUAGCUUCUUGUAUUUGUAAGUGGUUAUUCUACGAGUAAUGCUUUGGGAGUUUUUCAUCUUUCACUAAUUCACUAUUGCUUAUAAAUCAUGUAACUACUAAAAUAUUGUACAGAUUUUUUUUCCCAGUGUCUAGCGAAUGUGCAUAUGGAUAAAGGAUCUCAUGAUGAUCACUUGUAAACUCUGAUUUUGAGGAUUAUGUGAUUGUGUAGCAAUGAUUCUGAAGUAAAGAAAUUUUCAAAAAAGUUGAAA